AGCUUCAUUUACGGAAGACUUCGAUAAAGAAAUGACUGAACACACGGAUUCAACUGAGCACGAUGCUUUAGCUUCGGUAAAUGCAGAUUUUGUGAACAGUUUAUUGAAUGUAAAGCGGGAGAGAGAUAAAGCGAUAUCCAAUGAGGUGAGAUCGCAGGUGCAAAACGAGUGCAAAGCUUUUGGCGGCGAGGAGUUGGAGAAACAGAAAUGGGACGAUGCGGCAAAAAUGAUCGCUUUUCAGAGAGCGAAGGAGAAAGAAGGAACAGAGAACAGUGAAAGUAAAAGGAACAAGUUACAACAGGAACAGAAGAGAUUGAAGGACGAUUGGAUGCGAGAAGAAACAGAAAAGAAACGGCAGCUGGAAGAACUUCGCCAGGUUGAGAAAAACAAGGCGAAAGAAGAAGCAGAUAAACUGAUUUCUCUGGAAAUGCAAAAACGGAUAGAGACCGAAAUGGCUAAGCAACAAGAAACAAAAGAUGUUUUUGCUAAAGAACAAGAACGUAGAUUACAGGAGGAAGCGAAGCAGGCAGCUGAAGAACAGAAACGGCUGGAAAAGCAAAAAGAGGUGGAGAGGGAAAAAUUGAAACAUUUGGAACAGGAAAUGGAACGCGCGGAACACGAGCAGAAGCGUAAACUGGAAGAGCAGAAGAAACAGGAAGAAGAUUGGGUUCAGUUUGCACAAGAGAUGAAACAGAAACAGGAGGAAAAGACCAGAGAAGAAGCUGAGAAACAGCGACAAUGGCAGAGGGAUAAACAUAAAGAAAAUGAGGAGAUUAGUCAGUUUGUGGAAAGACGGAAAGCUUUGGAAUCACAGAGAAGGAAAAUGUUUGAUGAGGAAAGGGGCAAGACGUCCGAGGAGGCCCGCUUGUUGGAGUCGGGUGUACGACAACAGUUUUUGGCGAAGCAGGAAAAGGUCAUCACGGAAUUGUUACAAAAUGAUCUGGUGAAGGAUGAGGUCAGAAAGCGAGAGGAAGCGGAGAUAAAGAGAAAAGAGUGCGAAGAGAGAAGGCAAGAAGAUGAUAGGAGAAAGCUAGAGCUUGAAAAGCAGCUAAUGGCUGUGGAGAAGGAAAAGAGGGAAAAGGAGCAAAGGACGAAAGAGGAGGAAUGGAAAAAAUAUCUUGAUCAAUUGAAACAGAAAGAAGAUGAAAAAGUUCAGAGGGAUACUGAACAACAAAAGCGUAUGGCAGAACAGAGAAAAGAGGACGAGCAGAAAGCUGCUGAGAUGGCCGAAACACAACGACGUGCCAGGGAACAACGUCGUAAAGAAGAGCACGAAGCUAUGAAGACUGCGGAAAGACGACGGCUUGAACAAGAGCAGAAACGCAAAGAACUCGAACAAGAACGCGAAGAAUCAAAGAAAAGAGUGUUACUUCAAGAUCAGGAGAAAAGAGAACAAGAAAGAGCCAAGCAAGAAUUAGCGAUGCGUAAACAAGAGCAGGAGGAACGGUUGAGAGAAGCUAACAAAGAAAAGCAAGAACAAGAAGCACGAAAGCUUUUAGAAGUUCAGCGAAAGAGGCUUGAACAAAGCGAGACACAAGCUGCUGUGAACGAGGCGGAGCUUCUUGAGCAGAAGAGCAGGAAGGAUGAAAGGUCCAAAGGGGCAAUUGACAGUGGGAAGAUGCUGUUGGAGGAGACUCGCAGGUUAGAGGAGAAGUUUCGGGAAGAGGCGGAGAGGAAGAAACGAGAACAUGUGGAAAUGCAGAAGAAGGAGUUACUGGCCAUGAAAGAGGCUGAAAAUGAGCUGAUGAGACGAGCGCAAGCUCUGAAAAAGCAAAGUUCGUUCCGCAAUGAUCAGCAAGCUUCUUCUUCAGCUGGUACAGACAACGGAGGAGAUAGAUCACGAGGAGAACGUAAGAAAGGAUUUUUUGCGUCACUUUUUGGGUGUAAAUAAUAGUUAAUCGUUUUGCGUGACAAGAUCGUGGGUCAAAUCACGACAGACAAGUUCCAAAUUUGAAUGCGCUAAACCUUUUAUACCUUAAUAUCAGUACCGAUAUUCUCCAUAAUCCUCUUCAUACAUUUUCUUUGGUACUGACAAGGAGAAUUUGUUUAUCAAUCAAAGCUUGGCUUAGGUUGGUGUUCAUUUCCUUCAUUUUUUGUGGCGCAGUAAAAAGCGCCAAGCAUUUAAUUAAGUGGCUAAAUCAAACGAGUUUACGCAAUGUUCUGGCAAAAAAUUUUACAUAUAAGAAUUUUCAACCUAGAAUCGUCAUGGUCAAUUUUGUAAAACUGUUUUAUCAAUGUCAGCGUCGAAUAGGAAAAACGUUUUGUUAUGAGAUUUUCUCAAAGAAGAAGUUGCUCGAGGUAUAGUAAAUAACACACUGUAUGUCAUUGAGCGAAACUUAAAAAUAUUUGAAUUAUACGCCCUAUAAAAUUUCCGGAGUUUAUAUCACUAAGUGAAAAUUUUUUCUUGACGAAUUUUCAUUAAAAUUUAGGAAGACGAUUUCUACUAUCGAAUAAAAUAUUGCUGAAGUGUUCAAGAAUACUCAGAGAACGUCGCGUGAACAGCUUGUGAUGAGGACAACUUGUUUCUUUGAGAGAAACUGUUACAGACUGUUUCCUCCAAGCGAGCUUUGCAUAAGUCGCAGCGCUAUUCCUAAGAUAACGCGGAAUGUCUUGGGAUCUUCUUCUAAUGGUUUUCUUGCACGUAAAUUAUCUAUGCCUCAUGAUGAGGAAAAAUCAAAUUAAUUUGUCUGCUUUGAAUACUGCUGACAUGUUAAAAUAUAUAAAGGUUAUAUUUCAGGGACCAGUCGUUUUUUUAUCGCGGGGGGGGGGGGGGGGGUGGAGGUUGGAAGAUUUUGGUUAUGUCGCGAAAAUGUGCUGUAAUAUUCUUGUUCCCCUCCCCCCCCUUAUUUCCAGUUAAUUGGCAGUCAUUUUUCUACCAUCCCUCUUUUUACUUUGUUGGCAGUGAGAUAUUUCCCCUCCAUUCCCUGAGAAAACCAUGAGAUACCCAAAAUCCUCCUUCGCCCCCCCCUUCCCCCCCGCCAAGGCGAGAAAUAAUGACUGUUCUCUUAGUAAUAUAAACACAACUUAUAUUAUGAGCAUAAUGUAUUUGUCUGUGUCUUCCUUAUGGUAAGUUUUGUAAUAGUAUAUACCAAAAAAAAAUCAAUUAGUUUAAAGAGUUACGAACUGAAUAUAAAACCACUGGUGUCAGUGUUCAAAAUUACAUUUUGUUAUGGAGUUGUAAUGAAAAUGAGACCAAUCAUUUUAAGCAGUAUAUGGCAGUUUCAGACCUUUCCCUACAUCUAGGCAGUUCGGAAAGCCGCCAAACUCUAGAUCAAAGAUUCAUUUUUCAAAUCGGCGCUCUUAAUCCCCACGAUAUCAACGAACGCUUUUUAUUCCACUAAUUUGUUCUUGUUUUCUCGUCACCAUAUUCCCACCUAUAGCGUGGCUCCAUUUUCUGAAUAUAAACACACACAUAACCCACUAUUCCUCCGUUUGCUCUGACGAAGGGCUAACGCCUGAAACGUCAGCUCUGAAACUCUUAACGGUGGCCAAUUUACGUUAUCAACUCAGUUGAUAAUACUAAAUUACCUUGUUAUACUCUCCCACCGACGUAGCACUACAGUUUAUUAAGAAACUUACCCUCUUUAUUCAGUUGCAAAAGUAGUUGAGACAUGUCACACGACAAGCAACUGGUUCUCCAUGAGAAAUAGUUUAUUUGUGGCAAGGAUUCUUAAGCCGCUUGGUCAUUUACACUCGAUUUCUGGUUGGAAAUACUAAUUUUAUCGGCGACAUGUGCGGGAACAAAAAUGAUAACAAGCCCCGGAGCUGCAUAUCAUAUUUGAUGUAAUUCAAUGACAACUGGGUGCUUUGUA